GACUAACCGUUUUUGAUUCGAGUCCACACAGACUCUUCACUGUGAGUCGGCUCCGAGUCGACUCAAAAAAACCCGACUCGUUUAUAGCUGUAUUAGUGGAAUCAGACGCUUCUUGUCACACAAGGCAGCAGCAGCGCCUCCAUGAAUGGAGUUUAUAACCUGGACCAGUUCUUACCUGAUGCUCCCAAACCUUAUUACAUCUUCUACCAUGUUUUUAAUCUUCAAGCUGUUUGAAGAGCAUCGCCGUUUUCGUUCAGUGUGUUAAAGUGAGCAGAUCCAGUCAAAGGUCAGAUAUUCUUCAGCACUCCUCAGUUCUUCUUAAGUUUGCUUAUUCUCAAUCCUGAGCCUGCUCGAUUCUUCAAUGGCUUCUCGCAGCCAGAGCUUCUUCCACAACCAGCAUCACCACCAUCAUCACCACCACCACCAUCGAAGCUCUACACUGCCCAGUCCGGCUGUAUCGAGGAUGGUGUCCGAAUCGGGCAGCCUGCUUGGCGGCAUGGCACAAAUCACGCCCACGCUGUUCCUCAGCCGAGGCGCAGUGGCAUCCAACCGUAGCCUGCUGCUGGCAAAGGGGAUCACGUGUGUCGUAAACGCCGCCAUCGAGCUGCCCAACUUCAACUGGCCACACGUGGAAUACGUGAAAGUUCCUUUGGCCGACGCACCGCACUCACCAAUCGCGCUUUACUUCGAUAGCAUAGCCGAUAAGAUUCACAGUGUGGGACGCAAGCGUGGUGCCGUGCUGGUGCACUGCGCCGCCGGCAUAAGUCGCUCGGCUUCGCUCUGCCUCGCGUAUCUCAUGAAAUAUCACGGUUUGUCGCUGGCCGAGGCACACGCCUGGGUCAAGGCGAGGCGGCCCAUCAUACGUCCCAACGGCGGCUUUUGGCGUCAGCUAAUCGAUUAUGAGCGCAAACUGUUUGGGAAGACCUCAGUGAAGAUGGUGCAGACGCCGUACGGGAUCAUUCCAGAUAUUUACGAACGUGAUCGAAGGAACCUGGCACCUUACUGGGGCCUGUAGGAGAAGCAACGAUGCUGCGGUCUACAGGGUAAAGACUGUAAAUCAAAGGUGGUUCAAUCAGAUCAGUCAAACGUUGUCCAGCCACUCUGUGCCUAGCCAGAUUCAGGGGUUCAAUUGAGCAAAACGCUGGAAAUGACCCCCACAGUCCUGAGUUUAAAACGCUGGAAGUUGCCAUUGCAUUGUGGUCUGUAGUGAUUGGAACGGUGAUUGCUGACCGACCCUGAUUUAUUUAAGAUAAGCUGGAUGAACUGGAGGUUGGAAGCUGAAGUCAGAGGCAUUUAAAGAAACAAAGUGGGCAGCAGAGACUCAAGAUGUCCAGUUUCUGGUUACGUUUCCACCCACGUUAAAUGUUGUGAUGAUGUGACAGUCUGUUCCUCCCCUGAUGCAACAAUGUGUUUUUAAUUAUUGGUAGCAUUUUUUUAACCAAACCAGAAAUGUGCAUUAAAAGUCUUAAUAUUGUUAAUUUUUGGAUUUAAAGCCACAAGCUUUGGACAAAGUUUGCGCAACUAACAACACUGACCUGUAAAUGAAAUGUUUCCUGAUUAAAAAAAUAAAUUC